GCCUUGCAGUCAUAGCUCAGGGCAGAGGAUUGAAAAUGCUUGAAGCUCCGUUGUCAGGAGGCCUAGAGCUUUUGAAAACUGGACUUAUGACUGUUUUCGUGGGUGGAGACUCCGAAGAUAUGAAAAUGUACGAAUCAUUUAUUAAAUCAUACACAGGGUCACUGUUGUACAUGGGCCCUAUGGGAAGCGCAAGCGUCGUCAAGGUUAUCAGCAACAUGUUGUGUGCCGUUCACAUGGUUGUGGCAGGAGAGUCAGCUAUGAUAGCCAAGAGGCACGGAAUCAACCUGCAGGCUUUCUUUGAUGGCAUUCGAGCCUCGGCUGGCAAUUCCUUCGUCUUCGAAACUGAAGCUCCUCUCAUGUUUAACGGCUCUUUUGAUCCAGGGUUCAAAAUAGCACUGCACUGCAAAGAUCUUGAUCUUGGAAGGAAACUAGCGUUCGACGCCAAAGUCCCGAUAGAAGUUUUGGGGCUGGUCGAACAAAUUUAUAGACGGGCGAUGCACAAGUAUGGUGAAGAUGCCGGUAGUGCCCAUCCACCAAAGCUCUUGGAGGAUGAUUUGAAAGAGCCGCUUCGUCAGGAGGGAUAUGAUAACUGGUAUUACACUAUUGAAAAAGUACAAGGUGGCGGGAUUGCUGUGGUGCACAAAUUUGAUAAAAAAUAAACUGACGUAACGUAUGCAUUCUUUUGUGACGAACUGUUUGGACUUCCAGUUAUAGUGAACUCAUUCAGUCAAAUACGGUAUUAAAUAAUUUUAUCUUGCAAUUGUAACUGCCA